GAUAUACCUAUAAAAGACUGCAUUCUUUAUUUUGGCCAGAUUUCUUCAUUUUUGUUACAAGUUCUGUUCAUUGUGUUAAACAACAGAAGUAUAAUCAAUGGCUGGGAAAAGUCAGAAGCUACCACGACGUAUUAACUAUUCGGCGUUGUUAUAUUUGAACGAAGUGACGUCACGAGUGGUGGCCCAAACCGGGAUUCCGAGCGACAGAUUCCAUCUUGGAAAGCUCGUUCUGCAGAGCCUAAAAGAUGACCCUGAUUUCAUUUUGCAGAUCGACGGAGCACUGGGUGUAUCAGAAACCAACGGAUCAGUUCUGGAGCGCUCCGUCCGCUGCGCCACCGCCCUUCGGAGGCUGGGGGUCCAGCGAGGAGACGUCAUGGUCUUCAUGGCUCCCAACCACUUGGACUUGGCCAUACCAUUCUACGCAGCGCUGUAUCUUGGCAUCCUGAUUGCAGGCGUCGACGUGAGUUUGGGAGUCCAGGAACUUGAAGGAACAUUUGAAAUGCACAAGCCAAAAGUAGUUUUCUGCCAAACAGGCAAAGCGUCAGACAUAGAAGCAGCUUUAAUGAAACUUAAUUAUAAAACCCAAAUUGUAACCUUUGACAAAGGAAACAAAUUCAGCACUUUUACUGAUUUACUUCAGGAAUAUGGAGAUGGCACACCAGUAGAAGAUUUUGUACCAUCCGACUUCGACCCCGAAGAAACCGCGGCUCUCCUCACGUCAACCAGCGGUACAACUGGUCUACCAAAGGCGGCGGUACUCACCCAUGAAAACCUGACACUAGGAGCUAUAUCUUACAUGUGCAGUUUUCACGACUUUCCUACACCCACAAACCUGUACCUCAUCCUUUCAACUCUGCAAUGGCUGACGGCUGGUAUACAUAACAUUGCAUCUCCUAUAUUCCGAUACACUCGUCUGCAGACAUCAGCUCCUUCUACGACGAGACAUAUUUAUGACCUUAUAAACAAGUAUAAGCCAACCUGCACUCUUCUGACUCCACCAGUGAUGCUGUCAAUUGUGGCUAAUGAAGACAAGGUCGAAUGUGAUUUAUCCUGUUUGGAAACCAUAUUUUUAGCUGGUAACCACGUGACAACCACUCUCAUAGAUGCUGUAAAGACUGUAGCGCCACAGACGGAUGUCGUCAACCUAUUUGGCGUGAGCGAGGCCUCGGGUGUGGUAUUGAUGUGGGAUGUGGAAGCUCUAAAAGGAUCCAAUGGCAGAGUGUUGGGGCAUCUACAAUACCGGUUAGUAGAUCCUGAAAUAUUAGAAGACAUCUAUGAACCUGACGUUCCCGGGGAACUGUGGCUAAAGGGUCCGAGCAUAUUUAAGGGUUACUACGACAAUCCAAAGGCCACCAAAGAGACGUUUUCGGAAGACGGCUGGUUUAGGACAGGAGAUCUGUUGAAAAGAGAUGAUAACCACAAUUACUUCUUCGUGGACCGUAUUAAGACGCUGCUGAAAUACAGGAUCCACCAAGUAUCGCCUGUAGAAGUGGAAGGGGUGAUUCGCAGACACCCAGGGGUAUACGACGUGGUGGUCAUAGGAGUGCCAGAUGAAGUGUGUGGGGACUUGCCCGCCGCCUGUGUGGUCACCCGUAGCGGCUACACUGUCACUGCACAGGAGAUCAAAGACUUGGUGAAAGAAAACCUGGCAGAUUCCAAACAACUCCGAGGCGGAGUGGUGUUCAUGAAGCAACUACCCCUUACCGUCACUAACAAGAUAGACAGAAGAACAUUGAAGAAACUUGUCACUGAAAUGAUAAGGGAAUAAGAGAAAACUGUUACUAAAAGUUUAUAUUUAUUUAUUGUAAAAAUAAAAUGUUUAAACUU